GCCGGCCGCGCGCAGCCCCGGCCACGCUGGCGCCCGGGGACCCGCCCGAGAUGCCGGUGCGGAGCGAGCGGUGCCGCGCGGGCGGGGCGGCGGCGGCGGCCGGCUCGGCCUCGUCUCCGUCCUCCGGGGCGGCCGCCAGCAGCCUGGUGCCGCCGCCCCCCAUCAACACGGCGCAGCCCGGCGUGGCCACCUCGCUGCUCUACAGCGGCGCCAAGUUCCGCGGGCAGCAGCGCAGCAAGGGCAACGCCUACGAGGUGGAGGUGGUCAUGCAGCAUGUGGAUAUGGAAAACUCCUAUCUCUGUGGAUACUUGAAGAUUAAAGGCCUUACAGAGGAGUAUCCAACCCUCACCACUUUCUUUGAAGGGGAAAUAAUCAGUAAAAAGCACCCUUUCCUAACGCGCAAGUGGGAUGCUGAUGAAGAUGUGGAUCGUAAACACUGGGGAAAGUUCCAGGCUUUUUACCAGUAUGCAAAAACAUUUAACUCCGAUGACUUUGAUUAUGAAGAUCUGAAAAACGGUGACUAUGUCUUCAUGAGAUGGAAGGAACAGUUCCUAGUUCCAGAUCACACUAUCAAAGACAUCAGUGGUGCUUCCUUUGCUGGUUUCUAUUACAUCUGUUUCCAGAAGUCAGCAGCGUCUAUAGAGGGCUAUUACUACCAUAGGAGUUCAGAAUGGUAUCAGUCAUUGAAUUUAACUCACGUUCCUGAGCACAGUGCUCCUAUCUAUGAAUUCCGAUGACAGCUGUCCAGAACUGAUACCGCACAGAAGCAAACCGGGCAGGAGAGCAUGGCCUGCCAGGAGAACUGUGUCCCUGUCAGAGCACAGGAAUGCACGCUUCUCUCCUGCCCCUCGGACUCGCAAGAGAGAGCCUGAAUGUUAACCCAUCCAGCCCAAGGAGCGUGGCUGCUGGAGCUUGAUUCUGCCUCCUGUUGAGUGGCGAUUUGAUCUUUAAUCUGGUUUUAAGCUACCUUUAAAUGCACUUUCUUAUUGCACAGCUAGUUUCUCUAUCACUGAAAUUCUUCCCAGCCCUCCUCUGGAAGCUGUUUCUCAGUAGCUGGAAUCAGUGGUUUUUCCUCUGAGUAAUGAGAAAAUAUAAGUUUGGUGCUUAUAUUUUCAUUGUUACAGCCUGAUAUGGGUUGAAAUUGCCAGGACUGAGGUUUGUUGCCCAGAUUGCCAGCUCUGAUACUCCCAGAGGCAGGUGUUGGUGUUGGUGAGACUGCUUUGCAGAGAACUGUUCUGCUGCAAAAUUGGGGGAGUGUUGGCUGAGACAGAUGAAGCUUGAAUGAAUCUCUGCUUCACACUGGCUAACGAGGUUAGCCAGAGCUGCAGAUCUUUGAGGAACACUGGCCCUUCGGAGCUGGGAGCUGUUCCAGUGUCUUGAUGUGCUGUUGGGAAUUAAUUUGAUAUAUGGACUUACAGGCUCUCAGUAAAGUGGAUCUGAACUCUGCUUAUAGGUGUAUAUUUGCUCUUUACUUAAGUUAAGGGUUUAAAAAAAAGACUUUUAUUAAAAAAAAUAUUUUUAUGGUUCCUUUUCCCAAGGACCCUCUGGCAAAUGCACAAUUACUCGAUUACAUUUUCCCGUUUUCACAUUGAAAACAGGGAACGUCUACGUUAGUUUUUAUAUAUGUAUAUGUAAUCAGCUAGCGCUUUGGGAAAGUAAUCGGAGUACAAGUGUUGAACAGCAUUGCAAACAGUUCUAGAACUGCUCAGCAUUUGUACUUACCCUUCAUGCUACACCAACACCACUGCUCGAUAUCUUUUUACAAGGCAGAAAAGAGAAAAAACAAAAAAGUAACUCUCCUGACUUCAAAAUGUUUCAAGUGAUAUAACUUAAGGCUUGUGUGCCAAAGUGUGUGUGUGUGUAUGCGCGUGCAUUUUUUAAAGGCAUUUUAAAAGUUGGCCUCAGUUGUAUAUUUAAUGUGACAGUCACACCUGCAGGGCUUUUGUGAGAGUUUAGUUUGCAUUUUUUUGGCUGUUAACAACCCUAUUAAAGCGGGCUUGUGUCAUGCACCAACCAGGCAGGUUAUGAGAAUUGGUUUGCUGCCUAUGAGAGGAAAGCAAAGCCCUCUGCAUACCUUGUGCUAAAGUUGUUUGGUUUUUCUUUUAACUAACUUUCUUCCUUUUUGCAGUGUGUCUGUCUGGUAUAUUGCAGCAGCUGAAUUUCUAGUUUAAGCCUUAACAAGAAAGUAUUCAGGUCUCAGUGAGCCCUUUUCAUAUAUUCCAAAUUGGGAUCUUGCGUUGUUGAAGUGACCGGGCUGGUUUCACCAGAUGAUGCAGUAUUGAAAGCACCCUCCUUUUGCAUGCUGUUCAGUGCAGAUGAAUCCUUUCCCCAGAACACAUGGAGAGAGACUUGCUCACGCGUGAAGGCGGGAGACCCAGCCUUUCCGCAGGCUGGGAAGCCGCCUGCUGUGUUAGCGAUGGAGGAAGCGUGUGCCAUUGUGUUGGUCAUUGCUGGUAGGUUUGUAGAGUAGCUCAAAGGCAAGUAGGAGAGUGAUUCCAGAGGACGUGGAGGGAAAGAGGGGCCGUCUCUAGGGCUGACGUGAGGGCAGAACAGCUGGGAAACAAAGAUUCCCUUUUUACUCUGCUCCCCUCAGAGAAACUCAGACCCUUGGGAGGUGAGGGAAGGUGCUUCUUACUGAGUGGUACUGGGAGAUGUCCUGGUUUUUGAAGCUGAAACUAAUGGUGCUCUUCUGCUUCAAAGAAGUGAAGGGACUAGUCUUCUCCAAGACAGUUCCAAAAGACUGCUUUGCAAAUACAGAUAUUCUUACUCCAUGGAUUGUUUACAUGCCUCUGGAGCUGCGUGCAAUAUCGGUGGUGACACCAGUCUCCUUUGUUCCCUGGGAUUGUCACAAUGCCAGUGUUACGGUCAGAUUGUUAGCGUUGUUUAGUUGAAACACUACGGUGGUCACUUGUAUAAAGUGGGUUAGAGGGGUCCUGGGGUUAUUUAAUACAUACACCUGUCCCCAAAAAUUGCCCCAAUGUUUUUCUCUGAGCCACUGAGACUUGAUAUUUUGAGAGAAGGGUGGGGAAGGAGUCCUUUCUCCAUCCCUCUGCCCAUCUCAUUCCAACCAGCUUGAAGCGUAUUUCAGCUGAGAUCCAAAAUUGCCAGAUCGAUGCCUCUUUGUAAGGUGCAUGUCAUGGAUUUGUAGCAGGUCUUGAAGCCAAACCACCAGCUGUAACAGCUGAAAGGUUUGAAGGGGCUGUCUGUGUUCAGAACUUUCCUUCUCUAAAGCCUUGAUUUUAAUUUUCUUUUUCUUCGAAUCGUUUGAUAAGCGACAAAGAGCUGUUAAGUAUGUUGCGUUGUGGUGAAAGGUAGCUAACCAGGUGAGAUUCUGGGGAGAGGAAGUAAGAAACUGGAUAUUUGAGUCUUUUGAAAAGGUUGUGUGUUUUUUUUUUUUUUUUUUUUUUUUUUUAACUACGUUGGCUGAAGAAUUAGUAUAUUUAUGGAUGGAAUAUGGAAAAGGGACUGGAAGUAUUUUGCAGAGCUAUAAACGUCCAAAUUAAAAACGAAAUGUAUUUACA